CUCCGAGGCGGGCGGGCCGGAAGCGGGAGCCGCGCGGGAGCUGGCGGCUGGGCCCCGCCGGCCGGGCGCCCGCAGGCCCCGCCCUCCGGCUCGGUUGGCGGACCGCGGGCUCUGUCCUCGACUGGGCGGGCGGAGGAUGGAAGUGGGCUUGUCGGCCAUCUCGCUCUACCUAGCCAGCGCCAGCAGCCCUGUGGCGGCGACGACGAUGGAGCGGGAGCCGGGGAGCCGAGCGGAGGCGGGAGAAGCCGUGGCAGCCUCGGGAGCUGCGGCCGCCGCGGCCUUCCGCGACCCGGCGCGGCAGAUGAGUAAUGAAAGAAGCUUUGAAAAUGUAGAACUGGGAAUCAUCGGAAAAAAGAAGAAAGUCCCAAGGAGAGUCAUCCACUUUGUCAGUGGUGAAACAAUGGAAGAAUAUAGCACGGAUGAAGAUGAAGUCGAUGGCCUGGAAAAGAAAGAUGUUUUGCCUUCUGUUGAUCCGACAAAACUUACCUGGGGUCCCUACUUAUGGUUUUAUAUGCUUCGUGCUGCCACGUCAACUCUCUCAGUGUGUGACUUUCUUGGAGAGAAGAUUGCAUCUGUUUUGGGCAUCAGUACCCCAAAAUACCAGUAUGCCAUUGAUGAGUAUUACCGGAUGAAGAAGGAGGAGGAGGAAGAAGAAGAAGAAAACAGGAUGUCUGAAGAAGCAGAAAGACACUACCAACAGAAUAAGCUGCAGGCUGAUUCCAUUGUUCAGACAGAUCAACCAGAAACAGUGGUGUCCAGUUCAUUUGUGAAUCUCAAUUUUGAAAUGGAGGGAGAUUGUGAAGUAUUUCCAGAAAACAAACAAAAUCCAGUCUCUGUCCCACCGUAGAAUGCAACGACUCUCAAACUUCAAACUCUAAGGUGGUUUUUAUACCAGGAACUUUCACAUUCUCUAUUCAGUGGGAUUUAAUAGUUAUUUAUAUUUUAAAUUAUUAUCUAUAAAGGGAAAACUCUUUUAUUCUUGGGCUCUAUCUAGCAAAAGGCAGAUCUGAAAUUUGGAUAUUUGUACUAUGCUUUUACUGUGUGUCAAAUUAGUGUUUUGGUUUUAAAAUGAUCUUUAUAAAAAUGUUAAGGACAUUUUAGAGCCCUAACUGCCAAUUAAGAAGAGUUAAUUAUCAUGCUUGUCUGUUAUUUGUGUUUGUACAAAAAAAAUGGGUUAAGUUGCUGAUUAAGGCUAGAGUUGAUAUUCCUAAUCUCAAAUGAAAAAGGAUUUUCCCUGAUUUUUUCAUGCUUAUUUAUAUAUCUAACCAUUAACUUCAUACUAAAGAUCAUUCACUGAGUAAUAAAAGGCGUAAGAUAAAAGCACUUUGAAUUUUCUUUCCUUGAGAAUAACUUUAUUUUAUGGAAAGGUGAUUGAGUCUGUAACACCAAAUAAGAUGGGUUUCCUUUUUUUUCUAUUUUAAAUGUUUUUAUGGAUUUAUGGUGUGAUUCAUGGCAUAUGAUGGCAAUCUUUUUAGUAAUGGGUCUAUACUACAUAAUUUAGUUAUCAGAUUAUGUAAUUAAUGGAUUAGUUAUCAGCUUAUGUAAUUAAUAUCACCAUAAGUUACAGUUCACCAAUAGCUCUAAAAAAUGCUAACCUGACAUCUUCCCUCCAAUUUUUUUUUAACUUCCAAUUUGAGUUAGUACUUCCAACUCAGAUAUUUGGUUAUCCAGUGAAGGCAUGCAUAUUUAAAGGUGAUCUGUUUCUCCUUAGAGGUCAUAUAUCUAACAAAAACUAGAAACUUGUCUGAUUAUAGUAGAAGGAAGAUAAUGACCUAUGAAGAUUUUGUGCUUCUUGAAUUUUAUUUUCUUUACUUGUCUAACAGUGGCCAGUUUGUAAUGUUUAUAGUUAUACACUGUGCCUUAAAUUUUUAUAUUUUUAUUUAUGCAAACUAUAAAAUUUCCCAUAAAUGCAUUAAAUGGUUUUGUCUUAUU